AUGGCGGUGGCGAACCUGAGCUUGGCCGUGGAGGACGGCACCGGCGCCGGCGCCGGCGGGCAGGAGUACACGCAGGACGGGUCGGUGGACCUCCGGGGCAACCCCGUGCUCCGCUCCAAGAGGGGCGGCUGGACCGCCUGCACCUUCAUCGUAGUGUACGAGCUGUUCGAGCGUAUGGCCUACUACGGCAUCGCGGCGAACCUCUUCAUCUACCUCACGGAGAAGAUGCACCAGGGCACGGUGGAGGCGUCCAACAACGUCACCAACUGGUCCGGCACCGUCUUCCUCACGCCCCUGCUCGGCGCCUACGUCGCCGACGCCUACCUCGGCCGCUACUGGACCUUCGUCGUCGGCUCCGCCAUCUAUCUCGUGGGGAUGCUGCUGUUGACACUGUCCGUGUCGGUGGGAGCGCUGAAGCCGCCGGAGUGCGUCGGCAAAGUCUGCCCACGGGCGUCGCUGCUGCAGGUGGGCGUCUACUUCGGCGGGCUGUACAUCAUCGCCUUCGGCAACGGCGGCACCAAGCCCAACAUCUCGACCAUCGGCGCCGACCAGUUCGACGACUUCGACGCCCGCGAGAAGUCCCACAAGCUCUCCUUCUUCAACUGGUGGAUGUUCACCAUCUUCGUCGGCAUCCUCUUCUCCUCUACCGUCCUCGUCUACCUCCAGGACAACGUCAGCUGGUCCGUCGGCUACGGCAUCCCCACGCUCGGCCUCAUCGCCUCCAUCGCCAUCUUCCUCGCCGGCACGCCCGUGUACCGCCACAAGCUGCCGCAGGGCAGCGCCUUCACGCGCAUGGGCAAGGUCGUCGGCGCCGCGCUCCGCAAGUGGCGCCUCCCCGUGCCGGCCGACGCCAAGGAGCUGCACGAGCUGGAGCUGGAGGCGUACACGAAGAAGCACAAGUUUCGGAUGGACUCCACCAACUCCAUGCGGUUCCUCAACAAGGCGGCCGUGAAGGACGUCGUCGACGGGUCAUCGUCCAGGGCGGCGAAGUGGAGCCUGUGCACGGUGACGGAGGUGGAGGAGACGAAACAGAUCCUGAAGCUGAUCCCUCUGCUGGUGACCAUGUUCGUGCCGUGCACGCUGAUCGCGCAGACCAACACCCUGUUCGUGAAGCAGGGCACGACCAUGAACCGGCACAUGGGCUCGGGCAGCUUCGAGAUCCCGCCGGCCAGCCUGGGCGCGUUCGUCACGCUCACCAUGCUCGUGGCCAUCGUCGUCUACGACCGGGUCUUCGUGAAGGCGGUGCGGAGGUACACCAAGAACCCGAGAGGGAUCAGCCUGCUGACGCGGAUGGGCAUCGGGCUGCUGGUGCAGGUGCUGACGAUGGGCACGGCGUCGCUGAUCGAGAGCCAGCGGCUGAGCUACGCGCGGAGCCGCGGGCUGGACGUGAGCGGCGGCAAGCUGCGGCUGAGCAUCUUCGUGCUGCUGCCGCAGUUCGUGCUGAUGGGCCUGGCGGACGCGUUCCUGGUGGUGGGCAAGAUCGAGUUCUUCUACGACCAGGCGCCGGAGAGCAUGAAGAGCCUGGGCACGGCGCUGUCGCUCACCGCGUACGGCGUCGGCAACUUCCUCAGCAGCUUCAUCCUGUCGCUGGUGACGCGGGUGACGCGCAGGCGGGGGAGCCCCUGGGUGGCCGACAACCUCAACGCCGCGCACCUCGACUACUACUACGCCUUCCUCACGCUGCUCGCCGCCGCCAACUGCGUCGUCUUCGCCGUGCUCGCCCACCGCUACAGGUACAGGGCCGAGUCCACGGACACCAUCGACGUCGACAUGGACGUGCACGCGCAGCGCGAGGCCGCCAAGAAGAUUCACUCCGAGCCAAUGGCUUAG